CGCGGCGGCGGCGCUAGCGAGCGGCCGGCCGGGCGCGGGUUGCUGGGCGCGCUGCUCCGGCGGGGCCCGCUCGCUGGCACAGCCGCCCUGCGCUAGCCGCCCGCCCGGCGGGGCAAGCUGUGAGCGCUCCGAGCGCCGGGCCCCGGGCCUCCGGCGCUGCCCUGCCUUCGCCGCCGCCGCCGCCGCCGCCGCCGCCCUCCGCGCCUCCUCCGGGCGGUCCCGCCCCCGUUCCCAUCCCCCUCACGCUCACCUCCCGGCUGUGCCGCGCGCUAGGCGGAGCGAGGCGCCCGCCGCCGCCGCCGUCGCCGCCGUCGCCGCCGCCGCCGCCGCAGCGCUGAGGGGCGAGAGCCUGCACCCGCGUCGCCGCUGACAGGAGGACCGCCGCGGGCUGCGCUCCCCGGCCGCGAGGCCCCGCUGCUCCUUUCCCGGGCGCAGACCCACCGCAGGCAUCGGAGCGCGGCGAGGUCUGUGGAGAUCGCGGGCGGCGCCGGCGGGCGGCGCGGUCCUCACAGGAGACCCCGGGGACUGGGGCUAGACCCCGAGGUGCAGCGAGCCCCUCGGAGCGGCAGCACAUAUACCUUAUACCCCUAUCUUCAAGCUUCUGUGCAAAAGAUAAGCCUGAUGCCAGUCUGAUUCUCCUUCCUUUUUUUGUGAGUACUUGAAUAACACAACCAUGUUUCGGAAUAGUCUCAAGAUGCUUCUUACUGGAGGGAAAUCAAGUCGUAAAAACAGAGCAAGUGAUGGAGGGAGCGAGGAGCCACCGGAUCGAAGACAGUCGAGUGUAGACUCUCGCCAGAGCCGCUCUGGGCAAGGUGGCGUCUCCACAGAAAGCGACUGUGCUUUUGAGCCAGACUACGCCGUCCCACCACUUCCAGUGAGUGAAGGUAUGCAGCACAUUCGGAUUAUGGAGGGCAUGUCUCGCUCUCUUCCAUCCUCCCCCUUACUCACACAUCAGUCUAUCAGUGUUCGGCUCCAACCUGUGAAGAAGUUAACUGCCCCUCUGAGGAAGGCAAAGUUUGUUGAGAGCCCACGAAUUCCAGAAUCCGAGCUUGGCUCACCAACCCUCACUUCAGCUCAGAAACUGGACGUGGAUGAAUACUGCCCUGGUGAUGCUGAACAGGAGCUUGGCCCCCCUCCAUCUGUAGAUGAGGCAGCAAACACACUCAUGACUCGUCUGGGUUUCCUCCUUGGAGAGAAAGUCACAGAAGUUCAGCCAGGUGACCAAUACAACAUGGAAGUACAGGACGAAAAUCAGACCUCAGCAAUCACCCAGCGGAUAAGUCCCUGUUCCACCUUGACUAGCAGCACUGCCUCUCCACCAGCCAGUAGCCCCUGCUCCACCCUCCCUCCAGUCAGUACAAAUGCAACUGCCAAGGAUUGCAGCUAUGGGGCUGUCACUAGUCCAACUUCCACCCUUGAAAGCAGAGAUAGUGGUAUCAUUGCUACGUUGACAAGCUAUUCUGAAAACGUGGAACGCACAAAAUAUGUUGGGGAAAGCAGUAAAGAAUUAGGAUCUGGAGGAAACCUAAAGCCUUGGCAGUCUCAAAAAUCCAGCAUGGAUUCCUGUUUGUAUCGAGUAGAUGAAAACAUGACGGCUUCCACCUAUAGUCUGAAUAAGAUCCCAGACAGGAAUUUGGAAACAGUUUUAUCUCAAUCGGUACAGUCUAUUCCUCUGUAUCUUAUGCCACGGCCAAAUUCAGUAGCAGCCACAAGCUCUGCCCACUUGGAGGACCUUGCUUACCUGGAUGAGCAGAGACAUACACCUCUGAGAACUUCUCUUCGAAUGCCAAGACAGAGCAUGGGUGGUGCUCGCGCGCAACAGGAUUUAAGAGUUCGCUUUGCGCCUUACAGGCCUCCAGAUAUCUCCCUGAAGCCUCUGCUCUUUGAAGUGCCCAGCAUCACUACAGAGUCAGUGUUUGUUGGCCGGGAUUGGGUUUUCCACGAAAUAGAUGCUCAACUUCAAAGUUCCAAUGCCAGCGUGAACCAAGGAGUAGUGAUUGUGGGAAACAUUGGGUUCGGCAAAACUGCCAUCAUCUCCAGACUGGUGGCCCUCAGCUGCCAUGGUACCCGGAUGAGACAGAUUGCCUCAGACAGCCCCCAUGCCUCCCCAAAACAUGUGGAUGCCAACAGAGAGCUGCCACUCACACAGCCACCUUCAGCCCACUCAUCCAUCACCAGUGGAAGCUGCCCAGGAACUCCAGAAAUGCGCAGGCGGCAGGAGGAGGCUAUGCGGAGACUAGCCUCUCAGGUGGUUGCCUAUCACUAUUGCCAAGCGGAUAAUGCCUACACCUGCCUGGUACCAGAAUUUGUCCACAACGUUGCUGCCCUGCUCUGCCGCUCGCCUCAGCUGGCAGCCUAUCGGGAGCAGCUUCUUCGGGAGCCUCACCUACAAAGCAUGCUGAGCCUUCGGUCCUGUGUUCAAGACCCCAUGGCCUCCUUCCGGAGGGGAGUCCUGGAGCCCCUGGAGAAUCUCCACAAAGAGAGAAAAAUCCCAGAUGAAGAUUUCAUCAUCUUAAUUGAUGGAUUAAAUGAAGCAGAAUUUCACAAACCGGAUUAUGGGGAUACAAUUGUAUCAUUUCUGAGUAAAAUGAUUGGAAAAUUUCCUUCCUGGCUCAAACUAAUUGUAACAGUUAGGACCAGUUUACAGGAAAUUACCAAGCUGCUGCCUUUCCAUAGGAUAUUUUUGGAUCGACUAGAAGAGAAUGAAGCCAUAGACCAGGACCUGCAGGCUUACAUCCUGCACCGGAUACACAGCAGCUCAGAGAUCCAGAAUAACAUUUCACUUAAUGGCAAAAUGGACAAUACUACAUUUGGCAAACUCAGUUCUCAUCUCAAGACCCUCAGUCAAGGGUCCUAUCUAUACCUGAAACUCACAUUUGACCUCAUAGAGAAAGGCUAUCUAGUGUUAAAGAGCUCUAGCUACAAAGUAGUUCCUGUUUCGCUCUCUGAGGUUUAUUUACUCCAGUGCAAUAUGAAGUUCCCCACCCAGUCUUCCUUUGACCGGGUGAUGCCUCUCCUGAAUGUGGCAGUGGCCUCUCUCCACCCACUGACUGAUGAACAUAUCUUCCAGGCCAUCAAUGCUGGUAGCAUUGAAGGCACACUAGAAUGGGAGGAUUUUCAGCAGAGAAUGGAGAACCUCUCCAUGUUCCUAAUCAAGCGCAGAGACAUGACUCGUAUGUUUGUACAUCCUUCUUUUCGAGAAUGGCUUAUCUGGAGAGAAGAAGGAGAGAAAACCAAAUUUCUCUGUGAUCCCAGGAGUGGACACACAUUACUUGCCUUCUGGUUUUCCCGCCAAGAGGGAAAACUAAACCGACAGCAGACUAUUGAACUGGGACAUCACAUCCUCAAAGCACACAUUUUUAAGGGUUUGAGUAAAAAAGUUGGUGUAUCAUCCUCAAUCCUCCAAGGUCUCUGGAUCUCCUAUAGCACAGAAGGUCUUUCCAUGGCGUUGGCAUCUUUACGAAAUCUCUACACUCCAAAUAUAAAGGUCAGCCGACUGCUGAUUUUGGGAGGUGCCAACAUUAAUUACCGGACAGAGGUUUUAAAUAAUGCUCCAAUUCUAUGUGUACAGUCUCAUCUUGGUUACACAGAAAUGGUGGCCCUGCUGUUGGAGUUUGGGGCCAAUGUGGACGCAUCUUCUGAAAGCGGUCUGACUCCUCUGGGCUAUGCCGCAGCGGCAGGCUACCUGAGCAUCGUUGUGCUGUUGUGCAAGAAACGAGCCAAGGUGGAUCACUUAGAUAAGAAUGGGCAGUGUGCUUUGGUCCAUGCUGCGCUCCGAGGUCAUCUGGAAGUUGUCAAGUUUUUGAUUCAGUGUGACUGGACAAUGGCUGGUCAGCAGCAAGGAGUGUUUAAGAAGAGUCACGCCAUCCAACAGGCCCUCAUUGCUGCAGCCUCCAUGGGUUACACCGAGAUUGUCUCCUAUCUACUUGAUCUUCCAGAAAAAGAUGAGGAGGAAGUGGAGAGAGCACAGAUCAACAGCUUUGACAGUCUUUGGGGAGAGACAGCCCUGACAGCUGCAGCCGGAAGGGGCAAACUGGAGGUGUGUCGUCUGCUCUUGGAACAAGGGGCAGCAGUGGCCCAGCCAAACCGCCGAGGGGCAGUGCCCCUAUUCAGCACUGUUCGCCAGGGCCACUGGCAGAUUGUUGAUCUUUUACUCACCCAUGGAGCUGAUGUCAACAUGGCGGACAAGCAGGGCCGUACUCCCCUGAUGAUGGCUGCUUCCGAAGGCCAUCUAGGAACUGUGGACUUUCUGCUUGCACAAGGUGCCUCCAUUGCUCUAAUGGACAAAGAAGGAUUGACAGCCCUCAGCUGGGCUUGUUUGAAGGGUCAUCUUUCAGUAGUUCGUUCUCUAGUGGAUAACGGAGCUGCCACAGACCAUGCCGACAAGAAUGGCCGCACCCCACUGGAUCUGGCAGCUUUCUAUGGUGAUGCUGAGGUGGUCCAGUUCCUGGUGGAUCAUGGGGCCAUGAUUGAGCAUGUUGACUACAGUGGAAUGCGCCCUUUGGAUAGGGCAGUGGGGUGCCGGAACACUUCUGUUGUUGUCACUCUUCUGAAGAAAGGAGCCAAGAUAGGUUGUCAGACGUUACCGAGUCGCCCACGAGGUCCAGCCACAUGGGCGAUGGCCACCUCCAAACCAGACAUCAUGAUCAUCCUCUUGAGCAAGCUGAUGGAAGAGGGGGACAUGUUUUACAAGAAAGGUAAAGUAAAGGAAGCGGCCCAGCGCUACCAGUAUGCUCUGAAGAAAUUCCCUAGAGAAGGGUUUGGUGAGGACUUGAAAACCUUCCGGGAGCUAAAGGUGUCUCUUCUCCUCAACCUCUCACGGUGCCGCAGGAAAAUGAACGAUUUUGGAAUGGCGGAGGAAUUUGCUACUAAGGCCCUGGAGCUGAAACCGAAAUCUUAUGAAGCUUACUAUGCAAGAGCAAGGGCAAAACGCAGCAGCAGCAGACAGUUUGCAGCAGCCUUAGAGGACCUGAACGAGGCCAUCAAGCUAUGUCCAAACAACCGUGAGAUCCAGAGACUUCUGAUGAGAGUGGAGGAAGAGUGUAGACAGAUGCAGCAGCAGCAGCAGCAGCCACCACAGCAGCAGCCUCAGGAGCAAUUACCAGAAGAAACAGAACCUGAACCUCAGCAUGAAGAUAUAUACUCUGUUCAAGAUAUAUUUGAGGAGGAGUACCUGGAACAGGAUGUUGAAAAUGUUUCCGUUGGCCUCCAGACGGAGGCUCGGCCCAGUCAGGGGCUCCCAAUAAUCCAGAGCCCACCCUCUUCUCCAGCCCAUCGUGACUCAGCCUACAUCUCUAGCUCACCUCUAGGCUCUCAUCAAGUUUUUGACUUCCGGUCCAGUAGUUCUGUAGGUUCUCCCACUAGACAGGGCUAUCAGUCCACCUCACCUGCUCUUUCUCCAACUCACCAGAACUCUCAUUACAGACCUAGCCCACCACACACUUCCCCCGCUCAUCAGGGUGGAUCUUACCGCUUCAGCCCCCCUCCUGUGGGAGGGCAGGGCAAAGAGUACCCAAGCCCUCCCCCUUCCCCUCUCCGUAGAGGCCCUCAGUAUCGGGCCAGCCCUCCAGCUGAAAGCAUGAAUGUCUACAGAUCCCAAUCUGGUUCACCUGUACGCUAUCAGCAAGAAACAAAUGUUAGUCAGCUUCCUGGCAGACCAAAAUCUCCAUUAUCCAAAAUGGCCCAGCGACCCUACCAGAUGCCUCAGCUUCCUGUGGCAGUUCCCCAGCAAGGGCUCAGGCUGCAGCCUGCCAAGGCGCAGAUUGUGAGAAGCAACCAGCCCAGCUCAGCAGUUCAUUCAAGCACUGUCAUCUCCACAGGGGCCUAUGGCCAAGUAGCCCAUUCAAUGGCUAGUAAAUACCAGUCUUCACAAGGGGACAUAGGAGUGACUCAGAGCCGGUUGGUUUAUCAAGGGUCAAUUGGGGGGAUUGUAGGGGAUGGCAGACCUGUGCAGCAUGUCCAGGCCAGCCUAAGUGCAGGUGCCAUCUGUCAGCAUGGAGGGUUGACCAAAGAAGACCUUCCACAGCGACCUUCGUCAGCCUAUCGAGGUGGUGUAAGAUACAGCCAGACACCACAGAUUGGACGUAGCCAGUCCGCAUCCUAUUACCCAGUCUGUCACUCAAAACUAGAUCUGGAGCGUUCCUCUAGCCAGCUAGGUUCCCCUGAUGUGUCACAUUUAAUCAGAAGACCUAUUAGUGUCAACCCUAAUGAAAUCAAACCUCACCCACCAACUCCCAGGCCACUGCUGCACUCCCAAAGCGUAGGCCUUCGCUUCUCUCCAUCUAGCAAUAGUAUCUCAUCUGCCUCCAACCUAACUCCUACCUUCCGGCCAUCUUCCUCGAUUCAGCAAAUGGAGAUCCCACUAAAACCUGCUUAUGAUAGGUCAUGUGAUGAGCUGUCACCAGUGUCUCCCACUCAGGGAGGUUACCCCAGUGAGCCCACCCGAUCCAGGACCACACCAUUCAUGGGGAUCAUAGAUAAAACAGCCCGGACUCAACAGUACCCCCACCUUCACCAGCAAAAUCGGACCUGGGCAGUGUCAUCAGUGGAUACCGUUCUCAGUCCCACAUCUCCAGGCAACCUGCCUCAGCCUGAGUCCUUCAGUCCACCAUCAUCCAUCAGCAACAUUGCCUUUUAUAACAAAACCAACAAUGCACAGAAUGGCCAUUUGCUGGAGGACGAUUAUUACAGCCCACAUGGGAUGCUGGCUAAUGGGUCCCGUGGAGACCUCUUGGAGAGAGUCAGCCAGGCCUCCUCAUAUCCCGACGUGAAGGUGGCUCGGACCCUCCCUGUGGCUCAGGCAUACCAGGACAAUCUGUACAGGCAGUUGUCCCGGGACUCUCGACAAGGGCAGACAUCCCCUAUCAAACCAAAGAGACCAUUUGUGGAGUCUAAUGUUUAAAAGACGUUUGUUGGAGUGAGACCCAAAUGUUUUCACUGCACAUUUUCAGGCUUGGUUUCCACAUUUGAGGUAGUUCUCUGGCUUAAUUUCUCAUGUAGUUUCUGUGUGGUGUUCAGAGGUGGCAGCCCACAUGCUGAAAUCCUUUGCAUGCAGCCGACUGGGAAGCUGGCCUCCAGUGAGCCAGGACUUCAGUUUUCUUGUCUGUGCCCCAGCCACAUGCUCUCUCCCUCCUUCAGAUGCCAACGAGGAGAUUGUUGUGCCAUGUGCUUUAACCCAGGGAGAUCAGACACACUGGUCAGCUUUUUCCAGGAGACAAUCGCUUUCACUGAUGUUCUUGUUGUGUAAAUGUCUCUCCUUUUUUACAAAAGUAAGAUGUUCUUGUUCGUUUUCUUCUAGGAACUUUAGAAAGAGUAUAACGCCCCUUUGCCUUUGCAUUCUUAACGAGUGUUAUCCAAAUAGCCAGCCCCCAGUGCAUUCUUGUGCCAUGGUCUCCUCCCCUGGACCGCCAGCUCCCUGCAGUCAUCAGGUCUAGAAUGUUCAUUUAAAUUAUUGCUGGUCUUCCUGUGAUGGUAAAAGGAUCAAGGAGGAAGAGAAGAAAUAAGUCUGUUAAAUUGGAAGGAAAAAAACAAUAUAAUUAUUUGAAAUAUUACUACAUUGAUUUCCCAAAAGGCAUUUUAGGAACAUUUAGAAAACAAGCAGCCCUUUAAAUAUUUCAGUCAGCCAAGGAAAUUGGAUGAGAAUCAUGGAUAUUUUUAAAUAAUUCACUGAGAGUUAUUCUUUAGAUUUUUAACCAAAUUAAUCAUUAAAAGCUACUGAUUUUCCAUGGCUGGGUGGGAAAUAAAUAUAUAGAAAGAGAGAGAGAGAAAGAAAAACUGUUGUGGAUUCUCAGUGAAAGGCUGUAAAAAGUCUGUCUUGGAAGAAUCUACUUUUUAGGUCCUGAUACGUCACUGAGCAUCGUGUUCCACCAAAAGCAAACUCUUCCUGAAGGUUGACUGAUGCAAUAAUCCUGUUAGUUAGAUCUUUGCCUAAAAGCCAGAUUUUGUUCUACUGGCCCUCUUUUUUUAAAUCAGGGUGGUAUAGUGAAGAAACUGGUUCUUUGAGAAGCAAACUGAAUUCUCAUGGAACUGUAAGACUUAUUCCCAGGGUUUGCACCCAGGGCCAUUGCAUUCCGUGCCAGGUGUUGUCUAUUCCAUUUCGAGAUCUAUAGUUUCAUUAUCUAUUAUUACAAGAAUUGUUUCUUCUUUUAUCUUUCUAGGUAGGAGUGUUUGUGGAGUGAUAUUUGAAAACCAGACACAACAAAAUAUUUCAGGGUAAAAAAGACCUCUUCAGCCGUGGGUGGGGGCACAUGAGAUAGACAGCAAGUGUUCUGAUCCGGUCACCCUCCACACAUCUAUGUCCUGAGGUCAUUUGCUAACCUGUCCUUUGAGUGACUGAGGCCAGCAUGAGAUGGACAGCAAGAACACGGAAACCAAAGCCUUAGCACAGGCCUGGUACUGACCACAUCAGCUCUCAAAAUUUAACAAACUAAACAACUAAAACUAAACAAAAGAGAAUUAGUUAUUUGUUAUUAGGAAUCAUUCUGCUCUUGUUAGUAAAGGACUUACAGGAAGGGCACUUUCCUGAAUAAAAAUCCAUAUGUGACCAGACCUGCUUAUAAUAGUAUCUUCUGAAAGUAUAUUUACAACAAUGGGGAGCAUGAAACUAAGAUCAGAAACAUUACUAAUUUAGAUCUUGCCAAAUAGAGGGACCCCAAGCCUGAAAUGGGCCAGGAUCUGUCUCUCUGUGCUAGAAGCAAACAGCUGUGCUAACUCAAGACCCAGACUCUUGCCACUCUCUCUGAUGCUUAAGGACUAUCUCCUACUCAACUAGACCAGGGUGGACAUUGGUGUCUCUUCUCUUCUUUCCUCUCUCUUUGUCUCAACAGGAAGAUGGAAUGUACAGCUCUAGCAUCAGCCUACAGCCAGGAGCCCAGCAGCCUCUCAGCUCUUUCUGUCCAGGUCUCAGCCCUGUUGAGCUCUUUGUAUCUUAUCCCCUUUUUUUUCUUUUCCUU